GCCUUCCUGAUGAGCUUGUCCACUCUGUUUUUGUGAAAAAGCUUCAAAUAGCUCCAGACACAUCUCUGUUAGCACAAAAUAACCAUAAAUCACGUUCAUACCUUUGUAACCAUUUAUUCGCCUGUCUCACUGAUGCCAUGUCUUUAUAAACAAGAUCUGUUAGGGACUCUAACCCGUGGAGGAGGCCCCUUGGUGCUGGAAAUCAGGAGAAGGAGACCUUCCUGGCCAGCUCCAUGGGUUGGAUAGCAGGAUGGCAGUUCAGGUCCAAGCGCAAACCUCCUUGCCAGAAUGGCUUGAUCACCACCAUCAGGAGCAUUCUGUACAUUGCAAAGCAAUGUACCACAGCUGCUGGCCUGAAAUAUUUGUGCACCUCCAAGCUCAACCAGGACUGCAUUCAGAACCUUUUCUCUCUGAUCCGUGGCAAAGGAGGGCACAAAUACAAUCCAAGCGCCAUGGAAUUCACGGCAGCAUUAAGGGGGCUGAGUGUGUCGCAUAUCAUGACAUCACUGUCGAACACCUCCAACUGUGAGGAAGAUGCCGGAUUUCCUCUUCUGGCCAACCUUCAACUCGCAGCUCCACCUUCCAGGACCAAUGAGGAUAUGGAGGUGCAGAGUGAAAUGUUACCUCAGCCCACCACUCCAUCCCCCGGGGACCACAAUCCAGCCACCCUCACUCUCCAGCCCAAAACACUGCCUACAGAGGGGACCACUGAGGAAAUGGUGGCGCAGGAUAUUGUGGAGGACCAGACCAUUGGUGACUGUAUCCUCGAAGAGGGGCUAUUUUAUGUUGCCGGCUGGUUGGUCAGGAUGCUGCAGAAGGAUCAAGCCAUCCAGGUCUGUCAUCACUGUGAAGUGCUGCUGCUGGGCUCCACACUGCAUGAUCACAGUUACGCGUCUCCACAGGAGCACCCAUUUCUGGAAGCCAAACGCUUCACUCCCAACGCGAAUUUGAUGAGGCCUUCAACCAGGUUCUUUAAUGCGGUGAGGGAUCUGGAGGAGGCAUUUGGAAGAAACAUCAAUACCUUCUGGCCAAAGAGUGGGGUACGACAGAACCUUGAGAAGACACUGGAGGGAACAGAGGCCUUCAAAGAGUUCCACAGAGACCACCCGGAACAUGCCCUUUUAAUCGAGGAAAUCUCGAUUAAAAAAAUGUACAAUGUGUAGGCUGGGGGCAGAGAUCCGGAUAAGAAACAGGGGCCUCUCUGCCAUCAACGAGAAAAAGGUGGCAGAAAAAAAAGUAUCUACAUUUACAAGUUAAUUAAUACAGUAUAAAUAAAUGAAUGCAGGCUUGUUUUUGACUAGUCUGCAACAAACCAUAUCAACCUUUCUGUGUCUUUUCUCUUGAAGGUUUUUUUGUUUUAACUGCUUUGAUAACAGUAGCUCGUCAUGUCUAUGACUGGUGUAAGUUACACAGAACUAUGAGCAUGUACAUGAAUGAUAUGUGAAUGUGACAGAGAUAAAAUGAUAAGGUCACAUGGCGCCGGGAGCACGAAGAUCUAUGCAUCUCGUCAAAUAUCGUUUAGCUUUAGCCUAGCUCCCAUUUCUGAUCUCACUUACAACUUUGGAUGGAUGACUAAAACAAUAUGUUAACAUUAUAUAAUCGACAAACUGUUUUCAUACACGCUUGUAUUAACUCGUCAGCAUCAUACUUUCACCAGUUAACCACACACUUUUAUUGUCAAAGCUUUUUUUUUCUGCUGACCAUAUCUAACGUUAGCAAAGUUCCCUCUGGUAAUAGUACUCACAGUGCUAAUAUAGCCAACUGAAGCAACCAAAUAACGUAUUUUUUCAAAAACGACAUAUUCACAUCAGAAAGUCUUCAUUAACACUUAAUUGUUUGUUAAGAUUUGUAAAUUAUGAGUAUCAAAUAAUGUCACACCUUUUCAAAACAUGUAGAGCCGAGUUCAAAUCAGUCCCACGGAGCCAAAUCAGCUGCGAUCGUAUGCAGCUGUUGCUGCGAGGGAAAGGAAAGGGAAGGAGAGACACAAGGUGCCGUAAAGCAAUUUAUCACGCAUGACGUCAUCCGAUUUACAAAAACCUAAUUUUAGUCAAAAUCAAGCGAAUAUAAAAUACUAGCUAUGUGUCGUUUGUGAGGAUUAUCCAUUCCAUGUUUAAAAAACUAUAGCAGUGAUUUAAAAAAAAAUUAUAUCCAAAGAAAUGUAGGAAUCUAUGGGUGGGGCU